UUUGUCGCCACUGCGGCAAUCCGGGCGGCGCCUGCGCAAAGGGCUGAGCGCGGAGGGGCUGCCAGACUGCCCAAAGCCGCAGGGAAGAUGGUGGAAAACUCACCUUUGCCAUUGCCAGAAAGAGCGAUUUAUGGCUUUGCUCUUUUCUUAAGCUCUCAGUUCGGCUUCAUACUUUAUCUUGUAUGGGCUUUCAUUCCUGAAUCCUGGCUAAACUCCUUAGGCUUAACUUAUUGGCCUCAAAAAUACUGGGCGGUUGCAUUGCCUGACCACCUCCUUAUUGCUGUUGUAAUUGGCUAUGUCCUCUUAUUUGGAAUUAAUAUGAUGAGUACCUCUCCACUCAACUCCAUUCAUACGAUCACAGAUAACUAUGCUAAAAACCAACAGUGGAAGAACUACCAGGAAGACGCCAUCCCAGCGUUGAGAGACGUUCCCAUUAGUGAAGUAAACAAAAUGUUCUUCCUUGAAGCUCCAGAGCUUAACACCCAAAACUGAGCUGUA